GUGUUCGCGUGUCGUGAUUCUCUAGCAAUCUGUUCUCGUGGACCGUCUGAACCACUGUCGUUCGCCCGAAUUCCCGAGGAUCCCAAUCAGCCCAAAUACAACCCGAACGGACUUGUCUGGUCUCGCUCCAGUAACUAUAAACUUGGUAUACAAUUCUGCCAACUACUAUGUCUUCACCUAGUGCUGGCAAGCGCCGUAUGGACACAGAUGUCAUAAAAUUGAUAGAAAGCAAACAUGAGGUUACUCUUUUAAACGGCUUGAAUGAGUUUUGUGUUAAACUCUAUGGACCACGUGGUACUCCAUAUGAAGGUGGCUUAUGGAAAGUUCGAGUUCAUCUUCCCGAACAUUAUCCAUUUAAAUCUCCUUCAAUUGGCUUUAUUAAUAAAAUUUACCACCCAAACAUCGAUGAAGUAUCUGGUACUGUUUGUCUUGAUGUAAUCAACCAAGCUUGGACUGCUUUGUAUGACCUGCUUAAUAUUUUUGAGUCAUUUCUGCCCCAGCUGCUUGCCUACCCAAAUCCAAUAGAUCCAUUAAAUGGUGAUGCUGCAGCUUUGUAUUUGCAUAAACCUGAACAAUAUAAAAAGCGUGUUGAAGAAUAUGUAAAAAAGUAUGCUACUGAAGAAGCACUCAAAGAUGAUGGAAAUGCUGGUUCGGAUAGCGACGAAUCCUCUAUGUCGGAGUUUAGUGAAAGUGAAGCACAAGAUAUGGAGCUAUAGCCAUCAUUUUUCUAAAAUUAAUUAAUAAUUAAAUAUUAUUAUGUAUCCAGUUUUUUCGUUUGUUUUCACUAAUUUACUUAAAUGUUAGUUAAAAUUAAGUAGAUAUUGGUAGGUUUUUUAUGUUGAUCACAUCUUUUUAAUAUUUGGAGAAUUAAUUUUGUAGAUAUUUUUAUUAAAGACAAAAAAUUAAUUUGUGAUAUUCAUAGAAGGAAAUACAGUAAUAAUAAUAAUAAUAGAUUAAUAGUAAUACGUCAAACUUAAAACCCAUUUUCAUUAGAUUUAUACAUGUUUAUAGUCCAGACAAUUUUAGAAAUCUAUGUGCUUGGCCGUAUCGUACAAUUUGUCAAUAUUUGUUAUUACAGCUAUGUGUCGGUUUAAAUAUUUAUGUGAAUAUAGAUAAAAUGAAACAGAUAAACAGCUUAAUUUUAAAAAUCAACUUGCUUUUUAGGCUAGUACUUUCUGUCUUAUUGUACGUACAACUACUUUGUUAAUAUGGUUUAUACAAAUGCUUUAUUCAAUUUUCAAAUUUCACAAUGCUGUUUGUCAACCAUGUAUUAGGAAUAACUAAUUUAUAUUUUAUAAGCUAUGAUAUAACUUAAGUAUUAUUUUGAUAAUGGUCUACAUAAAAAUUACAUUUACAUUAUCUCAAAACAAUACAUAUUUAAUUUAAAAAAUAUAUCCUCUAUAAACUUUUAUUACAUUUUAUUAGACAACCAAGAUUAGUAACUAAUUAAUGUCUUAAUUAAAGAAUUCUUAAUUUUUCAAACAUUUGUAUAUCCUAAUAAAAAAUAUGUAUUUUCAUGUUUAAAACCAAUUUACAAAUUACAAUUUAUUAGAAUUUCACCUUAAAAUAUGGGUGGUAAGGUGACGUAAUUACAAUUAACUUUUAAAAAUAAUUUGUGCCACAAUGGUGAAUGUAUACCAUGUAGCCUUAAGACUAUGGAUUAUAAUAGAAUUAUUAUUGCUCUGUUAUCAUAUAUAGUUUUAUAUUACAAUAUUCUCACAGGUUUCUAUAUUGUUUAAAAGUUCCCUUUCUGUUCUAUAAGAAACUGACAGUUGCUUAAAUUAAUAAAUAUUUGUAAAAAAUAAUUCAUAUUAAUAAAACAGGUAUAUAAAAAUUGUAAUUGGAAAACAAAUCAAUAAAUUAUCAAACACUUAAGUUUUAUUGUUACUAUUUG